CUCUCCCACCGUUUUUAGGACCCUGCGGAAUCUCUUCCGGUCUGACGUCCUCUGCGGCGGCGCGUGAGAGAGCCCUAGUGAGCGAGCCACCGGGGCCAGCGGGAGAGAGAGAGCGAGAGAGAGAGAGAGAGCGGGAGGGAGAGAGAGAGAGAGAGAGAGCGGCCGCGGAGGGAAGACGGGACGGGGCAGCGCGCGAGCGACAACCGGAGGGGGGCUCAGGCUUGGGGCCGGAGAAACGGGGAGAAGGAGGAUCUGAAGGACGGAAGGUGGAUCAGCAACAUAGCCCCGGAAUAACUUUCUUUCUCAUCCGCGUUCAUUUCUAAAUGCAUCUCAGAUAGUCCGAUACUUUGGUCCCGAUGAUGCCGUCCAACACCGCCGCGCCGACCCCCGAGUUCAAAACCUCAGACGUGGACUGCGAGGCAGCGGCGAAGAAAGCGAGUUCAGUGCAAGAACAGGAAGUGUGUGAGAUCAUGCAGGAAGAGGCUGUGGUGGACACUCCGGCUCGCAGAGUGGGGCGACCUGCUCGCAAACGCAAACCUCCAACGGACCACCAGGGGUACUAUGGAGUAGAGGCCAUCAGCAGAAUGCUUAGAACGAGCCAGGUGGACAGCUGCGAGUCUCUGAAGGGGGGUGUGGCUGGUGUGAAGGAGGCGGAGUGUAACGGUGAGAACGAGAACGGAGUUUCCAGAGGCGCUCUGCAGGGGCACGACUCUUCCUCCGACUCCUCGCAGCAGAACGGCUCGGACAAGGCCGAUCGGGAGGAAAGCUCCGCCCCCUCCACGCCGCGGAAGAAACGUGGGCGACGGAAACUCGAGCACCCCGAGAAACAUGUGGAGGAAGAUGGCAGCAGCAGUGACACCAGUAGAGGAGAGGGCGACAGUGGACGUGUGCGGACUCGUGAGGGUAGAGACAUCAGCCUCCGGCGCAGACCCGUGCCCCGGAUCACUUAUCAGGCCGGAGACCCGUUUCAUAUGAGCAAGAGAGAGACAGAGGAGCUGAUCGCCCGCUUUAAAAGAGAGGAGGAAGAGAAGAAGGCCCACCUGACGCCACUCAUGAACGACACCAUGGGCGACCAAUCAGAAGACGACGCUCCGAGAAAUGAGGAGCAGCCGGCGGUCAGCAGCGUCCCACCCACUCCUGCUCCACAGACUCCGCCCCCUCAGCAGCAGCACACGGAUCCCGCUUCGCCCACGGUCGCCACGACGCCCGAGCCCGCGCCUGUCCCCGUCGCCUGCGGUAACAAGGAGCUGCGCAAGUCGGUGGAGGCGGAGCCAGAGUACGAUGAUGGGCGCGGCUUUGGGAUCGGGGAGCUGGUGUGGGGGAAGCUGCGCGGGUUUUCCUGGUGGCCCGGCCGCAUCGUCUCCUGGUGGAUGACGGGACGCAGUCGCGCUGCAGAGGGAACCAGAUGGGUCAUGUGGUUCGGAGAUGGAAAAUUCUCAGUGGUCUGCGUGGAGAAACUGUUGCCGUUGAGUUCAUUUUCUACUGCCUUUCAUCAGCCUACCUACAGCAAACAGCCCACGUACAGAAAAGCUAUCUACGAGGUGCUACAAACGGCCAGUACACGGGCAGGGAAGCCGUUCCCGGUGUGUGUAUCGACCGACGACUCUGAUACGGGGAAGAGCGUGGAGCUGCAGACCAGAGAGAUGAUCGAGUGGGCGAGUGGAGGAUUCCUGCCUACCGGGGCCAAGGGCCUGGAGCCUCCACCUGCCGAGCGGAAUCCCUACACUGAAGUCUAUCCUGAAAUGUGGGUGGAGCCAGAAGCAGCAGCAUACACCGCUCCACCGACCAAGAAGCCAAGGAAGAGCAAUUUGGAGAAACCUAAAAUUAAAGAGAUUAUAGAUGAAGGGACCAGAGAGAGGCUGGUGUACGAGGUACGUCAGAAGUGCAGGAAUAUCGAAGAUAUGUGUAUAUCCUGUGGAAGUCUGAAUGUCUCCCUCGAACAUCCACUUUUCGUCGGAGCCAUGUGCCAGGGCUGCAAGAACUGCUUCCUGGAGUGCGCGUAUCAGUACGACGAUGACGGCUACCAGUCCUACUGCACCAUCUGCUGUGGGGGGAGAGAGGUGCUCAUGUGUGGGAACAACAACUGCUGCAGGUGCUUUUGCGUAGAGUGUGUAGAUCUCCUGGUCGGUACCGGAUCAGCCCAGGUUGCUAUAAAUGAGGACCCAUGGAACUGUUACAUGUGCAGCAGUAAAGGUGUGUUUGGAAUUCUCCGACGCAGAGACGACUGGACAUCGCGUCUCCAGCUGUUCUUCGCCAACAACCACGACCAGGACUUUGAGCCUCCUAAGGUCUACACUCCUGUAGCAGCAGAGAAAAGGCAGCCAAUCAGAGUGCUCUCUCUGUUCGAUGGCAUUGCUACAGGUUUUUUGGUGCUAAAGGACCUGGGCAUCCAGGUGGAGCGCUACGUGGCAUCCGAGGUGUGCGAGGACUCUAUUACGGUGGGGAUGGUGAGACACCAGGGCCAGAUUAUGUACGUGGGAGAUGUCCGCAACGUCACGCACAAACACAUUCAAGAGUGGGGUCCAUUUGACCUGGUGAUCGGCGGAAGCCCGUGCAACGAUCUCUCCAUCGUCAACCCCGCCAGGAAAGGACUCUUUGAGGGCACCGGGCGACUGUUUUUCGAGUUUUAUCGUCUGCUACACGAGGCCCGUCCUAAAGAAGGAGACGAACGACCGUUCUUCUGGCUCUUUGAGAACGUGGUGGCCAUGGGAGUGAGUGACAAGAGAGACAUCUCACGCUUUCUCGAGUGUAACCCGGUGAUGAUCGACGCCAAGGAGGUGUCUGCUGCCCACCGCGCCCGCUACUUCUGGGGUAACCUGCCGGGCAUGAACAGGCCGCUAAGUGCCAUGGUGAAUGACAGACUGGACCUGCAGGACUGUCUGGAACACGGACGCACAGCCAAGUUUGAUAAGUUGAGAACCAUCACCACUCGCUCCAACUCCAUCAAGCAGGGCAAAGACCAGCACUUCCCCGUCUACAUGAACAACAAGGAGGAUAUCCUCUGGUGCACUGAGAUGGAAAGGGUCUUUGGGUUUCCUGUGCACUACACGGACGUGUCCAACAUGAGCCGCCUGGCCAGGCAAAGACUCCUGGGAAGGUCGUGGAGCGUCCCGGUGAUCCGGCACCUGUUCGCGCCGCUGAAGGAAUACUUCGCCUGUAACUGAAGCCCCGCCCCCUCCGAGUCACGCCGUGCCAUCCCACGACUUGCUCCGCCCCUUCAUUUGCAUAGCAACAAAACUCCACCCUUCUUACAUUUGUUUUGGUAGAUGCCUGAUGACUUACUGGUGCUAUUCAUCGAGAAAGGAAGAAAAAAAAAAAGAUCACAGUUCGUCCGACCUCACGUCUCACUUUAACGUGUCGGCUAUUUAUUGAAGACUUCAUUACUUCUUUUUUUUAUCUUUUAUUUUACAGACUUCUACAGUGUCAGAACGAUCGACAUAAUUCAUCUGUGAUCUCACACACACACAGCUUCUCUGACGAGAAAGAGACAUGCCUGCAUGAGUGUGUGGAUGCCAGCGUGUGUGUUAGUGUGUGUGUGUGUGUGAGCGAUUGAGUGAGUGCGUGUGUGUGAGAGAAAGAGAGAGAGGGGGAGGAUGUUCGUCUCUUUGAGCACAAAGCAGAUUUGGGGGUAAAAGCAUCUUUGAAAACUAAUCCCACACACACACACUAUCUUGGCGUCAUUUACAUCUAGUCAAGUGGUGCAAACACACACACACAAAUAGACAUACAUACACACACACACAAACCAGCUGAUACACUGUUUACAGUUAUGUCAUGGUACUACACAACAAUACAACUCCUGUACAGCUCAAAUGCUGUUACAACUACGGUGCUCUCUCUCUCUCUCUCUCUCUCUCUCUCUUCUUCUACACCUCCAACACCAGACCACCCCUCUCCUCAUCUUUAUCCCUUUAUCAGUUCUCCCCCACUUCCUUACUUCUUCCUUCAUUCUUUUCCUCCAUCCUUUCUCUCUGUCUUUCUCACUUCUCGUUCUCUUUGUCUACCUCUGUUCUUUUCUGACCCUUUCUACUUUCUCUUUCAGUCUCCUCUCUCCUCUCCUACUCUAGUGUACUGAUGUUCUCCUUCUGUCCUUCCUUCAUCUUCAUCAUCAUCAUCAUCAUCUCUCUCUCUCUCUCUCUCUCUCUCUCUUUUGCUUCAUUUGUCGCUCGCUUUCUGGCAGCAAUACUGAUGCACAGCCACACUUGAGGCCUUACUGCUGGGGCACAUAGUGAUUGACUGAUUAAAACACACACACACACACACACACACACAGGAUUUGAAAUACUUCUACAGUUUUCUACAUUACAGGCUGAUGCAAUACCAAUACUUCUGAAAAUGGUCCAGAGAGAAUGCUCUGUAUUUACAUACACAUACUUACACACACACAGACACACACACCUACGUCUCAGAGAGCUGCUGCGCUUCCAGCCCAGGCCUACAGGGGGCAGCGGCAAAAUACAAACGAAUCUAUUUCCUUCCACAAAGCACUGUGGUGAUGCUAGAGACCACCAGCGGAACUCAUUUCUACUGUAAACCACAAGGUUACGUCCGACUCCGCCAUUUUUACUGUACUGGUGCCGAUGUAUGAGUGGAAGAGUGGGUGUGUGUGUGUUUGUGUGUGUAUGUGUGGAGAAAGCGUGCUCCAACUUUAACAUGCUUUGAUUUUUGUCCGGCUGACGGAACGAUCAGAAAUCUCUCUCCGGGGUGCUUUCUUCUCUUCCUUUCCUUUCCUUCCUGGUUCUGGGCUCAAGCUAGCAUUAAGCCUGUACGCUAAUCCCAGGUUUUUAUUUUAAUUAGGCACAUUUCUACCACUAUAUCAGAACCUUCUGAGGAACUAAAGGGUUCCAGAACUAAACCGAACCAGACUUAAGCAGUUCCUGGUCAGCUUUAUUAUUUUUUUUAAAGUUUCUUUGGUUCCUCUCGUAGAAAUGUGCCUGAAGUUUUUAAGUUCCUAAAAUGUCGCUGGGUUCCUGUGGUAGACCCCCAAAGCUUAGUUUGAACAAGUUGUUCAGCUCCUGAGAAGGUUUCUGCAGUGGACACGAAAGCUAUAGUUCUUCAAAGGUUCCCAAAGCGGAAACGAGGCUAGAAUGCAAAAACGGUUCCUGAAAGGGUUUUUACCCUUGACAUUCCCCGGGGUCUUUAAAAUCUUUCUGCAGUUAAAGUUUCUGGGUUCUUAGAAAGGUUCCUAGGCUCGAAACACGCCAAAAGUUUGGUUCCUAAACAUCAUUUAGGCCUCCACAUUUUUUGAAAAGCCAAGUCCCUGAACAGAACCCGAAGUUCCUGUAAAAGUUCCUUUACUGGAAUGUUGAUCUUGAAUUCUGGACGUCAUGAUCCAGGAUUUUUUACUUCUCCAAUACAGUUCUCUCCUCCCAGGGAAUUCUGGGAUAGUGGCCUCUGCUGUGUGAUGUCGUAAUAUCUGGUCACAAGGUGCUCCCAGAAUUCCUUUAGUUUUUGGUGGGUGUGGCCUCGUGGCGUGGUGUGUAGGUGCUUCACAAUGUGCGCACACCUUCCAGUUACGGAUUGAAACAAUAUCUGGGUUACUGUAUUCUCUCCAUGCUGUCGUCGGAUCGUUGGGAUGCAGAGUGACACUCUGGUGCUUACAGAAACUUCCUGGGGAAGCCGGGAUUAUCCGGUGGGCGUGGCCUCCGGUGGUGUGUUGGUGCUCAACAGCGUGCACUCACCUUCCAAUUAUCGCUCUGGAUAAUCGGAUCUGGUUUACUGUAUUUUCCCCAUGCUGUUGUACACAUCGUUCAGAUCGGAGGUCAGCGGGGUGCCCUGGUGCUUUCUGGUGCUUUCUCGCGAUCUUUAUCGUUGUUGUCAUUGUUGCUUUAACCCCCGGCUUCCCAGAUUUUCAAGGGUGUCGUUGUGUAGUAUUGUUACGAGAGGCUAAUCUCUCUGACCUGAUUCGAAGGCAGACCGUAGAGUAAAAACUUUUUAGGCCAACUUUCCAGACACAGAUUCUCCACAGGCCUUUUGCAGUGCUGGUCCUUGCUUCAUCCCCCAACCUGCACCCCAAUCUACCCCCAACCAACACCAGUGAGUUCCUUAUUAGAGUCUCCUCUUCUUGACUGUGAAUGACCUCCUAGCCUUCAGUAGCUAAUCUUGCUAAUGUCUAUAACCACUACUGAUGACAGGAAGAGAAAUGCUAGCUGCCACCUCCCUGUUAAUUCUUUAAGCAGUGCUUUUCUUCAGAUGUCCCAAAAGAAAGCUGGGGUCAGAGCACUUGGGGUCAGCCAUAAAAUGGAGCAGACAGUGUUAACAGCCUUGCUUAAGGCCCCAACAGUGGCAGAUUGAUGGAGCUGGGUCAUGAACCCCUGACCUUCUGAUGAGUAACCCAGAGCCUUAACCCACCAAGCUACAACUGCCCCACUUGUUAGCAAGACGGCUAUCAUCGGAUUAUCAAGGGCUCUUUGAAUGUGGAGACAGAACUCUAGGUGUUGCUGAAGAGUUCCAUCACUUAUCUAGUUUUGCAAAAAGAGAGGGCGUUCAUCAAACAACGAAUCAUAGACUUCGUGAGUAUCCAAUGCAUACUCGCUAAAGUGUUUCAACAGAUGUGAUGCCGUGAAUCACAUUCAAUCCAAUAACCAUUCGACGCUCCACAAAGAUUGUACGAAAGUGCAAUUACACUGGAGAGUGCAAAAAACCAAUCAGAAUGCAGCCUUCAAGAUUGUGAAGCUUAUGGCCAGAUAAAAUGCACAUCACAUACUAAGACAUUUCACGAGUCAAGACGCUGUGACUCUUUAAGGGUGCUAAAUUCACAGAGAUCUUUGCAUUGGCCAGCAAAGAAAAACCCAAGUGCUUUCUUUAAGACAUUUUUGUUAGCCCCUUAGGGACAUCUUUGGAUGUUUGUAAAAAGCAUGGUUUCGUCACUAAUUAGCGAGGACCAGCACUGUCCACGACUGAUCAUAGCGUGCAUUUAGGAAAGUGGUUCCGCAUCAGCGAAUCACCAUUCAGACAGAUAAACUCCAGAAGCUGAGCUAAGCCUGGUUUUCGGAAAAAGAUGCAUUAGCCGCUCGACGCAUCGAAUAAAACUCAGGCCCACAUGCGUUCUUUCCAGACUCACUUUCUGUGCGGCCGAGACGGGAACUCCAUUCAGCCGAGUUCAGUGGUAAUCCAACUGUACAUAGAUAUGCUUUUUUUUUUUCUUUUCUUUUCUUUAAAGCAUUCGAUCAUGUUUUGUGCUCCGGGUGUGUUUCUCAAUCCGUAUAGGCUAAUGUCAGUGUGAUCCUAGGCUGUGUUACCGUAGCUGUUGUGAUUAGGAGACUGGCAAAAGGCAGAGCUUGAUAAUAGUAAGCUGAAAGGCGGUGGUGCUGAUGAUGAUGAUGAUGUGUGAAAAGGGGGCGUGUCAAUCCGCCGUCACGUCCCAACAAAUUUUCUUUUCCUCUUUCUUUACGUAUUUAUGAAUUGUCUCAAACGAGAGAGGACGAAUUCACAAGCCAACCGAUACCCAGUUUCGCAGCUUUAAAGGAGGCGAUCCUUUACCGGGUUAUUUUACAACUCAAAUCUUUAAAGAGAGUGAAAGGGUUUCAAAAAAUAAUAAAUAAAUAAAUAAAUAAAUAAGGUGCUAUACAAUUUAUUCUUAAAUGAUUAAAAAGAAAUAAAGAAGUGAAAAUAUAUUGUUGGAAUUAAGGAUUGACCGGUCUUGACAAUGACUGUUUUUAUGUUGUCGUAGUAAUGAAUUUAAGAAAAAGAAAAAAAAAUGAAAAAAAGCACUAUUAUUUUACUCUUUUAUGAAUAUAUUAACAAAUGCAUUUUAACUUUGUACUUGAUGAUGAUGAUAAUGUAAAAGUAGAAAAAAAAAAGAAUAAAAAGGAGAAAUUUCAUGUGUUUUAGCCUAGACAUCACUGUAGUAUGAGCGUCUUGAUGAGGAAGUCAUUCUGUUAAACAUCCCGAAGACUCCGUGCACUGAUACCUAACUCGCUUUAUCCUUGGCAGCAAAAACCCACAUUACCCAACAUUCCUUGCUCCAUAUAGUCUGGCUUUUGUUGGAUCUGAUUGUAAUGUUACAUUGUGUUUAUAUAUAUAUAUAUAUAUAUAUGUAUAUAUGUAUAUAUAUAUAUAUAUAUGAUUGUUGUUGCCUCAAUAUUUAUUGACUACAGCCAUGUCCUAGUUUCUGUCUUUCAUAUUUGGUCUGUCAGAUGCAUCCGUCUCUCUCUCUCUCUCUGUCUCUCACUCUCUCUCACUCUCUGUCUCACUCUCUGUCUCACUCUCACUCUUUUCUUCUUCAUGCUCUCUUCAUCCACAGCUGUGGUUCUGCUGUUAUUUGCAGACGCCGUGAAGAGAUGGACAGAAAGCAUGAAAGAAAGGAAGAAAGACAGAAAGAAAGAAAUAGAAUGACUCCUUUUCUUAUGUAUUUGUGCUGGGGAACACUUGAAUUAAAUGUACUGUUUGUGUGCAAA